CUUGUAUUAUCCACACCCCGCCCUCCCCUGGCUCCAGUUUGUAGGUUACUGAAAGAUUUCAGCGACCACAGAUAAGAAGAUUACAGAGGAAUUAACGUCAUUCCUUUGUCAUUAUAUGAAUAUAUUGAUAUUUGAUUUUAAUCAGAGGGAGUGGAGAGAGGAGGGCAGGAACAACAGGAUGUGCCCUGAGUAGCAUAGAAACACGAGUCAGGGGAACUGGCACUAGGGCACGGGCAGGCGAAAACACAAGCUGGGGGAACAGUUUGUGGCACUGGAGCCGAUCAUUGGAUGCUUGGAUCAACGUGCAGCAUGUAACAGAGGGUUGGAUAACAGCGAUCUUUCAGAGCUCUGCAUGUGUUUUUGGUGAGGUGUAUGUGGUUGCUGCUGGGAUAUGGAUGGGCCUCCGGAUGGGGACAGUAGUGGCGUUCCACUGACCUGGAGGAUUUCUGUGAGAUAGACUCAAGACGCAGUGCGAGCACCUCCUGGUUGCUUCUGCUCUUCCAGCCUCAGACAUGAACCUGGUGCUCCUGGCCUUCAGGCUGAUGUGCCUGGCCUGGCUGUGGCCUGUCACUCUGCACAACGGCAGCCACCAACCCAACAAGAGGAGGCACAAGGACGUGUACCUUGGGGAGAACAGCAAGAACCAACACGGAGGACGAAUAGACUAUAAGAUGAAAAAGUCUGACAGCACCAAGUCCCUGCUAAUUAAAUCUGAACAGCUGCUCCGUAUCGAGGACCAUGACUUUGCAAUGCGGCCUGGCUUUGGAGGGGCAGCUAUUCCUGUGGGCAUCGACGUGCAGGUGGAAAGCAUUGACAGUAUAUCUGAAGUCAACAUGGACUUCACCAUGACUCUGUACCUGAGACACUACUGGCAGGACGACCGGCUGGCCUUUCCUUCCAGCAGCAAAAAGAGCCGGACAUUUGACGCUCGGCUGGUGAAGAAGAUCUGGGUGCCGGACGUGUUUUUUGUCCACUCCAAACGUUCCUUCAUCCAUGACACGACCAUGGAGAACAUCAUGUUGAGGGUGUACCCUGACGGCAACAUUCUCUACAGUGUCAGGAUCACUGUGACUGCUCUUUGCGCCAUGGACUUCAGUAGUUUUCCUUUGGACACACAGAAAUGCUCUCUGGAACUGGAGAGCUAUGCGUACAAUGAGAACGACCUCAUGCUCUACUGGAAGAACGGGAACGAUUCAUUAAGGACUGAUGAGAUCGUUCUCUCGCAGUUUUUUAUUGAAGAAUUCCACCCUUCCUACGGGCUUGCCUUCUACAGCAGCACGGGUUGGUAUAACAGGCUCUACAUAAACUUCAUCCUCAGAAGGCACAUCUUCUUCUUCAUGCUCCAGACCUAUUUCCCCACCAUGCUGAUGGUGAUGCUCUCCUGGGUGUCCUUCUGGAUUGACAGGAGGGCUGUGCCUGCCAGAGUGUCACUGGGUAUCACAACAGUUCUGACCAUGUCCACCAUCAUCACAGGCGUGUCAGCCUCCAUGCCUCAGGUGUCUUAUGUAAAAGCUGUGGACAUCUACCUGUGGGCCAGCUUUCUGUUCGUCUUCCUGUCCGUCAUUGAGUACGCCGCUGUCAACUACUUCACCACUGUGGAGGAGAUGAAGAAGCUCAAGGGGGGAAAGAUCCCUGCAGAUUUCAAUGCCACUCAAACUAUGGCUUUUGACGGAUGUUACCAUGACAAUGACAUUGACCUGACACCCUUCCCAGAGCUCCCCAGCACCCCCAACACAGAGCGGAGUCGGACGGCCACGUCGAGGAACUCUGCUGCAGAGCCCCCACCCACAGAGGGCACCAGGCUACGACGCAAAAAAUCCAUCAAACACAACCUCAGCUUCAUCAUGAGUAACAGCUACAUGAUAGACUCCUACUCCAGAGUCGCCUUCCCCAUGACCUACCUGAUGUUCAACAUCAUCUACUGGAGCAUGUACUCAUGAGUGUGUACUCUACUAAUGAAUAUGGAUAGAACUACACUGCAGAACUACACUGCAGAACUACACUAGAGAACUAUACUGCAGAACUACACUGCAGAACUACACUAGAGAACUAUACUGCAGAACUACACUGCAGAACUACUCUGAAAAACCAUACUAGAGAACCAUACUAGAGAACCAUACUGCAGAACCAUACUACAUAACCAUACUAGAGAACCAUACUAGAGAACUAUAUUCCAUAACUAUACUAGAUAACUACACCACAGAACUAUACUACAUAACUACACUGCAUAACUAUACUAGAAAUCUAUACUACAUAACUAUACUACAGAACUACACUACAUAACUGCACUACAUAGCUAUACUACAGAACUGUAUUGCAGAAUUAUACUACCAUACAUGAUCUAAUAGGUUAUUCACACUGACAACAGCAUCAUCAUCAAGCCGUUGUAUUCUGCCACCCAUUGGAUUAUGACCUUAACCAUUGGUGUCUACCAGAGUGCAUUGUGGGAGUUUUGGACUGUCAAGCCGAACUGAAGAAAAGAGACUAUUGAGUAAACCUGCUUUUUAUUAGAAAUCUGCAUUCAGAUGGGAAGUUGGUGGUAGUGUUCAUGGGAGUGUUUCUAUUGUAAUUAGGGUUGCAUACUGGUAAUUCACCAGAAAUGCCACAUUCAUUAACAGGUAAUCUAUGGCAAUGGUAACUUUGGUCAUUUAUACUUGAAUAACUUUUGAAAAAAUGUAGCCAUAUGUAGUAAUCAUUUUUUUUUAUAUAUGUGUCCAUAUUGUCCAUGAAUUUCUAGUGGAUAGACUAUGGUUCAAGAGAAAAUUGCCCAAUUUAAUUUUUAAAAGCAUCUAAUCGACCAAUGACAUUCAUUUCAAUUAACUCUGAAACUCUGCAACUCUUCCAACGAUUGACUUUUUUCACAACUGCCACCAGUUUGGUGCCAAAAAAUCUACAAAUACAUAUUGAAAUAGUAAAAUAAAUAAAUAUUUAUAUAUUUGAUGCUGAAACUCUCAUAUUAAACACCAAUGGUAUUCAUUAAAUUGCUGGUUUAUAUUUAGGAUAAUGUUUUACAGAUUUGUAUAAUUUUAGAAUCAUCUUAUUUGAGUAUUUUAAAUGUUUUACAUGUGGUAAGGCCACACAGAUUGCCAGAGAUAAUGACAGACACCUGUGGUAAUCUGAAGUACCCAAAAAGGGCCACGAGAUGUCUUGUGAUAAAUUACAUUUAAUCCUUUAAAAAGUUACUAAAACAAUGGUGGUAGUUUACUGGUCAACUUUGAAAGUUUCCAGUAAUAUACUCUCCGUUUGCAACCCGAACUGUAAUGGACAGUUUUUUUGUUUGUUCACUGGUUUAUAAAUUUAGUUAAUGUGAGUAAUAUGAAUUUAUAUGUGCAUGAAAAUGAAUGUAUACAUGCAUGUGUCUGUCAAAUCAGUGAAUAUAAGUAAAAAUACUAUAUCAUAUUAGCUUAAAAUAAAACAUUUAUUUUAAUUUA